AGUUCAACACGUGGUGGCGGUAGUGCUCCAUUUGGUUGAUCUUUAAAAAAGAAGAAGAAGCGCCACCCGGAAGUUUGUCGCACAGUGCUGAUGGUGCUGACGGUUCUUUUCGUCUCUCGCAACAAACUCUCCUUUCCUUCAUGUUUUAUAUAGAAUGUUAACAUGUGUAUGUAGUGUUCGACAUGUGUGACUGCGUGAUGAAGAGCAGGCGGACGGAGUGAUGGAGACAGCGCAGUUCGGUUCCCAUUGUGUCCACGGAGAGUCCUCUGAUGCACCAUGAUCCCUGUUCCCCUGCUGGUGUGUGUGAUGGGAGUCUGGUGUGCUGUCUAUCUCGCCGACACGCUGCUCAGGUCGUCCGUGACCCAUCGGAUCAGCUACGAGUCCUGGUUGGCGAGUCGAGGGCUGAUGUUGUCUCCUUUCCAUCUGAGAUGGCAGACCACCAUGUUCAACCGUCUGUUUGCGUACUGCGCCCGCAUCAACCCCCGAGCCCAAUACCUGUGGUUCAACAGCGGCCUGGUGUUUGGUGUAGUCGCCAUGGUGGGCUCGGUGGUGCUGCUGACACAGACCCUGCAGCAGACGCUCGCUCAGAUGACCACGGACAACCCUCGGAUGGGAAGUCAGCAGGCCCUGCAGGUGGUGGUCCCUGGUGUCAAUCUGCCCACCAGUCAGCUGGCCUACUUCUUCAUCGCCCUGCUGCUCAGCGGAGUUAUACAUGAGCUGGGCCACGCUGUGGCAGCAUUGAGGGAGCAAGUCCGAGUAAAUGGUUUCGGCAUCUUUGUGUUUGUGGUGUAUCCCGGUGCAUUUGUGGACCUCUUCACCACACACCUCAACAUCAUAUCCCCCACUCAGCAGCUCCGCAUCUUCUGUGCCGGAGUGUGGCACAACUUUGUUCUGUGUGUGGCAGCAUUAGCCUUCCUCUUCCUGUUGCCCCUCUUUCUGUUUCCCAUGUACUCAACCGGCGGAGGGGCGCUGGUCACCGAGGUUGUGCAGGGCUCUGCGGCGGACGGUCCCCGGGGUCUGUCAGUCGGGGACAUAGUGACCGGGCUGGAGGACUGUCCGGUCAGGGGAGUGGAUGACUGGAGCAGCUGCUUGUCUCGCAUUUCUCUCACCCCACAGACUGGAUACUGUGUCCCCAGCACCAGCCUGCAGCCUAGCUGGGCCCACGGACGAGCUUUCAAGCGCUUGGAUGGAACGAUGGACUGCUGCAGCAACAACAGCCUGACAGACCUCUGUUUCUCUUACAUGAAACCACAGGAAAAGAACAGCAGAGAGUACGCCUGCAUGCCGGUGCGUAAGAUGGUGACGGGGACGCGGGUGUGCCGUACCAACGGCGACUGCGCCACACACUCCCACGCCGCCAGCAUUUGCGUCACUCCAUCUCUGGAGAACCAGACUCGCUUCAUCCGAGUCACACACCCGCCCAACACACACAUGCUGUUUGUGGGCUAUCCGCCGCACCUCCAGUACGCUGUGAGUCUGACCAACUUUCUGCCCCGCUUUGGUUUCCUCCACCUGGAUCUUCCUGUUUUCUUGGAGACCUUCUGCAAAUAUGUGGUGUCUCUCUCUGGUGCGCUAGCAGUAGUAAACUCCGUGCCGUGCUUCGCGCUCGACGGUCAGUGGAUGCUGAACGCGCUGCUGGAGGCAACGCUGGUAACCGUGGUAACGGACCGUCAAAAGCGCGAGCUGAUCGGUUUCUUCAUGCUGCUCGCGGGCAGCGCCCUGCUGGCAGCCAACGUGGCACUGGGCCUGUGGAUGGUCACGGCACGGUAGCCACAGCGGUGAGCUCCCCUGGCAAGACAAAGAACUAAACAAAUAAAUCCCCCACGUGGACCGAGAGCUGUUCUCUCAGGUUGUGUCUGACACGGUGUGGACCAUUUAAACUGUGAACAUACAGGGAACAGACUGUUGAGCAGAACAUUAAUCUGCCUUUAAGGCUUUACUGGACCACCAGGGAAAACAAUAACACCUUUUUCCACCGUGUUGCCGCAUACUUAAAAAAAAAAAAA